CAGACCCGCAUCAUCCGUAAAGCCUACAGUGAGGACUUUUACGUUGAUAUGAUGGAGGAAAGCUACAAGCUGUGGGCUCAGCUGGAGAAGGAGGCAGGUGUCCAGCUGUACAGACAAACGGGACUCCUGGUUAUGGGACCAGAGAAAAGUGAUGGUUACCUGAAGGUUAAGACGACGCUGCAGAGGAACAAGGUUCCUGCAGUGGUUCUGACCCCGGACAACUUCAACCAGCACAUCCCCAACCUCCGCCUGGCUGAAGGAGAUGGAGCGCUGGUGGAAAUAACAGCUGGUGUCCUGUAUGCUGACCGUGUUCUCAGGACCGUGCAGACGCAGUUUGAGAAACUGGGCGGGGUGCUCAGAGAUAACGAGGAGGUAACAGACAUCAAGCCUGGUCCUUGUGUCACUGUGUGCACAUCUGCUGGAGUUUAUGUUGCCAACAGUGUGGUGAUCACAGCUGGACCCUGGACCAACGCUCUGCUGGCACACACUGGUCUACAGCUGCCACUGGAGGUGGUGAAGAUAAAUGUGUGCUACUGGAAGGAGAAAGUUUCUGGGACAUAUCACGUGAAGAAGCGCUUCCCUUGCUUUAUACAGACCGAAGGUGAGGAGACCAAGGAACACAUCUACGGACUCCCAUCCAACGAGUACCCAGGACUGGUAAAGAUCUGUUACCAUAUGGGCAGCAGGACGGACCCAGAUCAGAGAGACCGACAGACAGAGCGGACCGACAUCGACAUCCUCCGGCGUUUUGUUGCUCGCUGUAUGCCUGGCCUGAUCCCUGAACCUGCCGUGGUGGAGAGCUGCAUGUACACG